GAGUGUCUCGAACAAAGCCAACAGAAGGGUCCUUGUUAGCGGGCUGCUCCCAGGAGGGGGCGAGCGGCGAGGGGAGGGGCGGGGCAGGCGGCUCUCCCUUCGCCUGUCUCCUCCUCUAGCCCGGGGCCCGCCGCCCGCCGCAGGGGGACCCGCUGGUGACUUCGGCUCACUUGAGAACUCUCCUGCGCCGCCCGUCGCGGGCUAGCCGGCUGCCUCCGGCCCAGCAGCGAGUUUCCGAGGGGCCGGGAGCCGCUCCGGGCUCCAGGCGGCGGCGUGAGGCUCGUGUGCCUGCGCCUGGGGGAGGCCAGCUCGCUCCUCCGCCCCCGGGGGCUGCUCUGAAACCGACCCGACCCUCUCGUCCAUUGCAACCCCCCUCCCCCCAAGGCCAGGCAUCCAGCCCGGGGCGAGAGCCCGGCCGCCGGCUGCGGGAGGGAGCGAGCCCCAGCCUGGCACGGGGAAGCCGCGGCGCUUUCCCAGGAGCAGGGCGCUGCACCGCUGGAGGAGCGAGCGCGGAUGGUCCCCCGGCCGCAGCCCGUCCCGCCGGGCAGAGCUCCCCGCGGCCGUCCCCGGGAGGAGCGAGGCGGGUCGCGGGCCGGUGCAGGGCAAGGGUGUCACCUGCCUGAUCAGGAAGUAUUAAAACUGGAUGAUGCCUUCUAGAUAGCUGCAGAGCACUAGGAGCCGGGGAGGUGCUCCUUUAUUCUCCUUGGAGAGGGAGAGACUUUGAGGCAAAACCUUGGACUCCCCAGUCUCUCCCCAUGGAUAAAGGACACGCUUUACCCCAGGAUAUCCGGGACCUGCGGCACUGCCUGAGAAUGAAGAGCAAGUAUGCCAUUCUCCUGGUGUUUGUUGUAGCUCUUGUCAUUAUCGAGAAGGAAAACAACAUCAUAUCGAGGGUAUCAGACAAGCUGAAGCAAGCCCCACAAUCUCUGGUGGAGGUCAACAGCACAGACCCUGGCCUAGUGCUGUCAGAAAAUGGGUCCCUCUUGUCCCUCAGCGAGCUGGACUCUGCCUUCUCUCAACUCAAGAGCCGGCUUCAGAAUGUCACCCUGCAGCUGGGAGGGACCAGGGAGCCUGCUGUGGCUCAGGGACCCCGCAGACAUGUGCUCCUGAUGGCCACCACCCGCACAGGUUCCUCCUUCGUGGGAGAGUUCUUCAACCAACAGGGCAACAUUUUCUAUCUCUUCGAGCCACUGUGGCACAUAGAGAGGACAGUGUCAUUCGAGCCAGGCGGAGCAAAUGCAGUGGGGUCGGCCCUCGUCUACCGAGAUGUCUUGAAGCAGCUGUUCCUCUGUGACCUCUACAUCCUGGAGAACUUCAUCACCCCGCUCCCUGAUGACCACCUGACCCCGUAUAUGUUCCGGCGGGGCUCAAGCCGCUCCCUGUGCGAGGACCCUGUUUGCACCCCUUUCGUCAAGAAGGUCUUCGAGAAGUACCAUUGCAAAAACCGCCGCUGUGGCCCCCUCAACAUGACCCUCGCUGCAGAAGCCUGCCUGCACAAGAAUCACAUGGCACUCAAGACAGUGCGAAUUCGGCAGCUGGAGUUCUUACGACCCCUGGUCGAAGACCCUCGUCUAGACAUGAGGAUCAUCCAGCUGGUGCGGGACCCCCGGGCGGUGCUGGCCUCUCGCAUUGUGGCCUUCUCAGGCAAAUAUGAAACCUGGAAAAAAUGGGCUUCAGAAGGAGCAGCUCCCCUCAACGAGGAUGAGGUGCAGAGGCUGCGGGGGAACUGCGAGAACAUCCGCCUCUCCGCUGAACUUGGCCUGAGGCAACCAGCGUGGCUGCGGGGCCGCUACAUGCUGAUCCGCUAUGAGGAUAUUGCUAGGUCACCCCUCCAAAACGCCAAGGAGAUGUACAAGUUUGCUGGCAUCAGCCUCACCCAACAGGUGGAGGACUGGAUCCAGAAGAACACCCAGGCACCUCAGGACAGCAGUGGCAUCUACUCCACCCAGAAGAACUCCUCGGAGCAGUUCGAGAAGUGGCGCUUCAGCAUCCCCUUCAAGUUGGCCCAGGUAGUGCAGAGUGUCUGCGGCCCAGCCAUGCGUCUGUUUGGCUACAAGCUGGCCAGCGACCAAGAGACCCUCACAAACAGAUCCAUCAGUUUGCUAGAGGAAAGGAGGGCCUUCUGGAUCACGUAAGAUCCCUCAUUGCUGGGUUUCCAUACGGAAACAUAUGGUUAGACUGAAAAAAGAAAAACCUGAGCACAAGAACAGCUGGGGAAGCAGGAAAAGGGCAAGUGGAAAGGGGCCACUGUCCCUUGCUGACACGUAUCACAUCCUCGUUUAUAAGGCUUGUGUUUGCCAUGCACUCCUCAUCCUAGCGAGGUGCUUUCUGAUUCUCCGUGGACAGCAGGGGAACGCAGUAAUAUCCAGGAGCUCUGGCUCGUCUAGAUGGAUAAUAAUGUGGCCACCCUUUGAAACUAAAUGGAGCUCAGAAGCUGGCAGUGGGGAGAACCAAAGCAAUAGGUACUAGCUUCCAUACCUCACCUCUUAGCUUUCUUCUCUGCACAAGCGCCACCCUUCUUUCAAAGGGCAUUUCUGCACUAAACAUCCAAAGAGAGAAUUGUAUGUUUUAAAAAUAUUCGUACACUUUAAAAUCCCUCAUCUCGCCGAGCAUGAGUGAGGAGGUGAGAGGAGCCGAGGGUUGCACUGAUACUGCCUUGGGCAAACUUAAAGACCUCGCUAAGCUGUGUUUGGUUGGGUUGACGGAACUGUCAGAAAGGGACUUGGUUGGGGUUUGUUGCCAAGAAACCUCUUAGUAAAUCCCCAGGGAGAGGAGUCGGGGGAACUCUCUUCUCCCAUCCUGACUGCUGCCGCCUUACGCUGACAAACACUCAUGUCUAGGACACUUUGUGCAUGUCUACGGACCUUUAAAUAUACCAACAGCCUGUUAAACCUUGAGAGAUGUGACUGAGUCAUACAAGGGUGAGCACACUCCCUCAGACCAUGCUCUCGGAAGAGCAAAAUGCCAGGACAUCGGGAAAACAUGUAGCAGAGCCAGCAAACAGCCACACCGUGAUCACUGGCACUGGUGCAGCAUUUUCCACCUCAGCUGCUUGUUAUCAAGUGCACCAAAACCAGCAGCUGAGAGAUGGCAGGGAGACAAUGAAAACAUUAUUUGAGAGAGAGAGAGAGAGAGAGAGAGAAACUGAAAGCAACGCUCUCUAUGCCUGGGGAUUCAACUGGUCUCCUUCCAAGGUGCCAUCAGCUGUUUUGUCUUCCACCACAGAGGCUGGGUUCCUCAAUGAUCAUUUGCUGGUGUCUAGAGAUCGAUACUGAAAGAUUUCUUGGCUGGGGGCGGCAGGGUGUUUCUGUAAUUGUAUUUAUAUUUUGUCCUUGCUAUUGUUUGUAUAUCUUUGGAAGUGCUGGUUGGAGGCUGCCAGCAAUUCUCCUGCCCAAAGCAGAGGGAAAUCGUUUGUACCAAUUAGCUUUUUAUGGUAGGAGAGUGGGGAGAAGAGAGACUGGGAUGCAGGCAAGUAGGAACUCCUCCAAAAUUAGGCAAUAGGAAUAGUUUCCAUAACAGAAAGAGAUGGUCUCAGAUUGCAACAGACGAAUUCCUAGCCUGUUUCACCCCUUGUCCAAUCCACAGUUAGGUUUGGUUUUUGCUUCCUGGAGUUUGAUCUCUUCCUGGGGCAACCCGGAGACUACUCCAGAAGAGAUCUUCAGACACCUUUUCAGCCCCAUCAUUAUUCUGAUGCCCCCAUUGAGUCCCCUCAUCCUUAAAUACAUCCUCAGGGAAGAAACAUGGAACAAGAUCUGAGCUGGAAGUGAUUUUUUUUUAAAAGUAAUUUUUCAAGGGGCAGCAUCAGGGUUUUGUUUUAAAUCACAUUUAAAGGGAUACUGUCAACACACAAACUUCUCUCUGAACUUAUCUUUACUUCCUAUUGUCACAAAUGAUUCAAAUUUAGAGAGAUUGCAAGAGACAUUUCUCUGUUUUUCAGUGUGUUUAUCUUGUGCAUUUAUCAUUACUUUAAGCAGUCAGUUUCAUCCGUGGUCGGAUUCACUUCCUAAUCUCAUGCACUAGCAUGAGAGAAUAUCAGAAUUCUCAUGCACAAGGGUGGGGGCGGGCACAGCUGGGCAGGCGAGCAGUCCCCCUAAUCUCCCAUGGAUCCAUGGACAUGGCCUGGGAGCACUGGUAAACUGGAGCUGGACAGCCGGAGUAAGCUGUUGCUGACAUGGGUGAUCAGCAUAGGGGAGACGCUAAUGCAGGAGGGGGAUCCAGGCACAUCCCGUUUAUGGCCAUUGUUGUGCCAGAGCACACCCCUGUUUGAGCAACCGAUAUGAAAUCGGCAAGGGAAAGAAAAACAUGCAAAAAUAAAUGCAGGGUAAUGGCUGAAAUUCUCAGUCCUCAGUGUACUUUAACAUAGUGUAUGCCCCUAACCUUCACCCAUGUAAAAAAAGAAAAAAUGGACAGUGUCCCUGUCACAGGGAAAGCUAGGUGGCACCUCUUCUUGGUCACUUUGGGGGAACAGCUCUGUCCAACUCUGGUGCCCCCUUCCACUGCUCACUGCAUGCCCUGCUGUCUCUCACUCUCUGACUCAAGGGGCUCUGUUUUUGUGGUUUGGCCCUUCGGCCAGAUCUCUAUAGUCCUCCCCUUCCAGGGUAACAAAAUAAAUCUCCAAACCAGCUGUCUAGAGCUCCUCUCCAGUGCUUCCAUGCUGCUUCCAAGUGGCUGGUAGGAGAACCCAGGCCUGCUCUCUACACUGGGUUCCAGCCCAGGAACCCUGUAACAAGCGGCCAUGGUCUGCAUGGUCCUACCCCUUGCUGCUGUUUUCCCUGGGCUUCUUCCCACCUAGCUCUCUCGGGCUUCCUUUCCCCACAACUCCUCUGGGGUUAACCAUUGUUUUAGGGUUAGAACCCUGGUGCUUAUUCUCCCUCUUGGGUUUUCACCUCCCCUCCUCUCUGCUCCCAGAGAGAAACCUCAGACAGUCUCCCUGCAGUCCCGUUGGGCAGCAAACUUCCUGGCUUUAUAAUUUAGCCUGCUCCAGCCCAGCUGAGUCUCUUGUUCAGUUAAGCCUGGCUUUCCCUCCAGGUACAGCAAGGUACCCUAAUUGGUCCCUCAGGCCUACAUUAACCCUUUCAGGGCCUGUGUGGAGUACACACCACAUCACAGUUCUCUUUUUAAAAAAAGCAACAAUCCACAUCUCCCUCCCAGGGUUACUAACAACACCUUAUAUUGUUAAACUAAAAUAGUGUUUUAAAGAUAUGAAUUUAUUUUACCCUAGUUACGCAGUUUGUCCAAACUGUGAUGCAGAAAGUAACCAGUGAAAACAGACCAGGCAGCAGGGGUGCUGGAACAAUUUUUAUAAUGGGGCUGCUGAAAGCCAUUGAACCAAACUGUAAAUGAUGGAAACCUCUUCAAGCCAGGAGGUGCAGCAGCACCCCCAGUUCCAGCACCUAUGCAAGGCAGUUUCACUUUUCAGCUCCCUUGUACUAGCACAAUUCUGCAGUGUUUGGGUUGCAGAUAUUGCAAAGAGAAUGUUGCUACAAAAAGGUGGAAACUGUUUCCAAUGGAGUUUAAAAAUAAUCAUGAAAAACAUUGACUAAUAGCAGGUUUUGUAAAAAAAUAAAAAUAAAAAAAUUUCUAGCCCUAAAUUUUGGGCCUAAACUACCUUUACAUCUUUACAGUUUUUCAAGGAAUUACUUAUGGCUAAAUUGAAGCUUAGAGAAGUGAAAAGAAAUUAACAAAUACAUGCUUCAGUGGAGGCUUUUCUGUGUAUGCCCUUGCAACUCACAUGUGGAGUUGUUUGUGAAACCCAAAAUCUGCACCCACUGAAGAGCACAUUUAAAUUACUAUCUAUAGGUAUAUAAACCAUAAAGGGCAAAUAUACAACAGCUUCCUCCUUCAAGCUCACAGACCCUCUGGUGCACACAAUCAGUUUUGAUUUCUCUUUCUUUAAUAUUCACAGUCUGUCCUCUAACUGCCACAUCUUGUAUUAUAGUUUGUUUAUCUUUGGAGAGGUAGCAGACUUAGGCCUCAAUUCAGGAAAGCACUUAAGCAUGGCAUAACUUUAAGCACACCUUAAUAUUAAGCAUGUGCAUAAGAGCUGGCCUGAAUAGAGGUGCUUUCCAGCAAAAGGGCCUUAAUGCAUACUGGAGCAUUUCUUCAAUAUACUCAAGACAACAAGAGCUAUAGGUACAGCACAAGGGGCCCUAUUUGCAGUUGCCCUCUACCUUGUGUCAUAAUUUGCAUCAGUAUAAAGUGGCUGUAAAAGGUCCCCAAAACAAAAUGGUUAUGAUUUACGCAAUAUGACCACCCAGUGGACCUGAGCCAAGGCCCAUUUAAAUCAAUGGAAAGACUCCCACUGACUUUGGCAGGUUUUGGAUCAGCACCAAGGUGCAGGGUAACCACGAAUCAGAUCCAUACCACUUCUUGAUCAAACUUACUUUGCCAGCUCCAGGAGGGAGCCCCCAGUGGAAACAGUCCUGGUGCAGUCGGUAGGAGAGAGUGUGUUUACUUGGAGCUCCAACCAGCACUUUGGUUCUGAUGAAAUGAGGCGUUAUUAUUGCUAUUGUUUGUUUUGUUUGUGCUUUUCAAAAGUUUAUUUUUAUUUUUUUUGUUUACAAGGGCUGCAAUCUGGCAGGAAAGAGGCUGCCACUUCCUGCAACAUGUAGAGCCGUUCAGAGAAUGGAGGGUUUAAUAUUGUAAACUGCAAGGGGAAUUUAUUUAUUUAUUAUAUGAAAAAGAGGGGAAAUAUUUUAUUAGCAGGGAGUCUGAGCUACACCCAAAAACAGGCAGACAAGAAAUAUCCCAAGAAAUGGAAAAAAGGUAAACAAUUAAACUCAGAGCAGCACAGUUACGAUUUCAAACAAAAUGCUGUUGUUUUGAGAUGUCUGUUUUCUUAACACCCAGAAACAAACAAAAAUCACACUUCUGUCUCCAAACGGCUAACUGCUGUUGUUACAAGUUAACACCUACACACUCUGUAACUGAACCGGAUUAGGUUCACUGUUCCCUGUUAUUGGGGGAGUCAGGGGGCUUCACACAGCAACAGGAGGGAGGAAAAUAGCUCUUAUUUUUUAAGGAAAGCAUGGUUGAAAAAAAAUUUCAAAAAUUGGCGAACUCAGGCUGUGUAAGACAUGAAACUAUUUGUAGCACUUUUAAAAUGACAGCCUUUCAAAUGGCCCAUUUCACAAGCUGAGAGCUUGUUGACACUGCGUUAUGUCGGUAUAUGUUGCUCAGGGGUGUGAAUAAGCCACCCCCCCGCAUGACAUAACUUCCACUGACCUAAGCGCCGGUGUGGACAGCGCUGGGUCGACAUAGGUACCACCCCUUGUGGAGAGGGUUUUAUUGUGCUGACGGGAGAGCAUCUUCACCAGACACGCUACAGCGGCACAGCUGCAGCGUUCUAGUGUAGACUAGCCCUGAGACACACAAUAAAUCCCAGACAGAACAAAGGCUUUGGAUAUAAUUUUAUGGCCUGGGAAAACACAGAAAUGCACAGGAAGUGAAAGGAUACAUGCCUCAGUGGCAUAAAAGAGUGGCUGUUGGCCUCUGGGGAGCCCAUCUGGAAUCGGACCUGUGCAUAAUGAGAAGUAAAUAUGGGGGUUUAUCCAUUCCCCCUCCCCCCCCCCCACAGGGGUGGGAGCUGAUACCAGGUCCUCUCAUCCUAAGGGAUGGGGAGGAAGGUUGCAAUAGAGCUGAGGUUAUUUGGUAGAUGAAUGUGGGAUAUAUGACUUGAUAUGGAAGGCCAAAUCCUGCCAUGAUUUACACCUAUUGCAAUCCCACUUGACUUCAGUGGUUCUUAAAUCCAGGUAGGAUUUGGCCUAGAGACAGGAAUUCUGUCUCAUUGCAGGAGCAGUCCCUCAGGGCCGGGCUGAAUUCAUUAGCAGCUCAUGGGAAUCACGCUGGAUGGCUACCUUCUCUGUACAUAGCCCUGGGAUAGACAGAGGGAGUCAGUUCUCUGCUCAGCCAGUCACUUGACCUUUCCAAGCACAAGAGAGUCAUUCAGUUAUUUGUUUAUUUAAAGGUUUUUUCUCUCUCACUCCAUGAACAUAUCUUCAGGCUAGGGGAGAGAGACAGUCUCUGACCUUGGCACAUAAAAGGACUAUUCCUCUGUGUUCCAGUUAUUAGAUAUGGAAAGGGAAGUUUCUAACACCACAUUCUUUCUCUGCUGUGUUCCAUAGAGCUACACAUUCUCUCCCUUUCUCUGUCCUGUAGGACAGGGACCAGGCUCAGAUGCUAGAAGAAAGCACUGCAUGCAGCCAGCCUGUCAUACUCUCCUGAACCCCAGCUCCCUUGCCCUACUGCAGCAUUGCAACCUCCAGCUAUCAGGCUAGUUCAUGGGGGGAGGGCCCUUCACUCACUAACAUUUCGGGUGGGGAGCGGCAUGGAGAAAGAGAAGGAGCUGGCAGCAGGGUCUGAAUGGAGCCUUUGACUUGCUGCUAUGCUGCAUGUCACCCCAGCAGGGCAGCGAGAGGAAGGCUUACAACUGCCAUCUGUGCUCCUAAGGCUGUAAAAUGGAGAGCUGCUUUGUUACUUCAGCUGUUUUCUUCCUUCCCUUCUUCCUCCUCUCAUCCAUCUUUGCUUUUCAACUCAAAGGGAGGAAUCUCGGGCGCCUGGCCUUCUCCAAUGGCUGAAAUCACACAGCCCAGGAGAGCUGUUCCAUGUGUUUAAAUCAGAACGCCUUCCUCUGGAAAAGCAGACGCAACUUUAGCGGCAGGGGCUGUCCACAUUGUAGGGAGGAAUCCAAGGGGACAGGAGGCAAGGGAGGGUCAGCCAGGGCAUCAGACAGGCCUCAAAGGGAAAUGCACUGGGAUGGGGUUCCUUGGGCAGCUGGAAGUGUGCACCUAAGGGAGUCCAGCAUCCCUCGUUUAUUUAUCUCCAUGCGAAGAACUCUGUGCUGCCACCUAGGGAUUUUUACAAAACUAACAGCUAAACCAAUGUCCAGCUGUUUUCUUACUGGCCCUGUGUCGAGGGUUUAGCUUAACGGCCUGCCUGGCUCCAUAGCAGUGAUGUUACACAGGGUUUGUUACACUCCUGGAGCCACUGUGGUCUGCCAGCCGCUGGAAGCUCUGACACACACAUCCUCUGAGGAGAGUACUCAGUACUCUAGUUUGAAUCUUCUGUGCACAGAAAUGAAUGUGAACCCUGUAACCGGUUAGAAGAUGGUUGACUUGACUUAUUUAAUUAAAAACACAAUGGAGCAGAAUCCAAAAAGGCA